AUGGAUCAUGAACUCGGGAUCUUGCUCCGCAGUGAUGCCACGGUGAUUGGCCCUCUGAAGUGUCUUCCCGGAUGGGGAGGGGCUGAGCUUCUUCGUCGGGGGCUAGGAGGUGAUCAAUCUGGAAGACUUCCUCCGCGCUGCUCCCCUCGCCCGCUGCCUAUCGCCCCGACCCAAGCUCUUUCCAACGCAACCGCAGGCGGUCAACUUUCAGGUGCAGGCAGCUGCCUGUCCAGACUUCUCCAGACCCUUACAAGCUUGCAAGAGGCAGGUGACCUGCCAGUGCCAGUACUACCGAGACCAGGAAGGCUGGACGCGGCUUCGACAGCUUGGCGACCUCGCAGAGAUUGGCACCCAGUAAGCACGACGAGUGAGUCGCCGCCCGGAGCCUCCUCCGCUCCAAGCGGGGACGAAGCUCUGGCGAUCCAGCUGCAGUUUGGAGACCCCAUCGCUGCACUGCUGCCGGAUGUCCCUCAUCCGGUUCGGAUGUCGGAGCAUGGAGAGUACUCCGCAUCUGAGCAUGGCGCCAUAGAUCAAGCCCUAGCACUUGCUCUCAGCAUCGCAGAAACUCGCAGUGGGGAUCCGGAUGAUCCCUCCGCCAAUGCUCCAAACUUUCGUGCUGAAGCUAGGCAACGGGUGCAAGCCCGACGAUUGGCAUCUUUGCGACAGCCCGACAUCAAUUCCCGGGUCAACGAGAGAGACGCUGCUGAGCCAGGAGCUGCAGGCGAGCCUGAUGAUGCUGACGGCUUCUAUUCUCGACUCUGGGGCCUGGACGCCGCGCAGACCCACAACCGCGAUGAUCACAGAUCGCGACGCAGACACUGGCAAUCUCGCCCCUCCACGACACCGACGACACCUGCACCUGGAGGCGGAAGAGGUUCUGGCUCCAGGCCGCCCCGAUCCCGGCCAUCUCCAGCGACAUCGGCAGAGCCACCAAUGGUGCCGGAUGUCGCCAGCUCCGCCCCGACAGCCAUCAUCUCGUUUUCUCCCACAGAUGGGCCGGCAGAGGCCUGUGCCAUCUGCUGUGAGCAGUUUGUGGAAGCUGAUCGUCUACGCCUGCUUCCCUGUUUGCACAGGUACCAUGUGCAGUGCAUUGACCGUUGGCUGGGUCAAAGUUGG